AGGGCUCUGAGGAGAGCCUCGGGUUGCGGGAGUGGCGGCUCCAUCAUCCUCGCCUCCUUCGGUGGCUGGGCCCUCGGUUGCCCCACCCUGCUAGCGUGCCUGGAGUCUCUUCGUCCCCCUGAACUCCUUUCUCUUCGUCCGGACGGAGCUGGCCUCUGAUCUGGCACUUGGAUCUGACCCAGUCUUGUGAGAAAACUGCAUAUUUAAACAUGGGGACUCCUGGAUCAGGAAGAAAAAGAACUCCAGUUAAAGAUAGAUUUUCUGCAGAAGACGAAACUUUGGGUCAUAUUGCUAGAGAGGCAGAAGCACGGCUUGCAGCCAAACGUGCAGCCCGAGCAGAAGCGAGAGAUAUACGCAUGAGGGAACUGGAACGACAACAGAAGGAGCUUUCUCAGCGUUCGUAUGAUAGAAAAUGGGGACAUAUCCAAAAGUGGAUGGAUGAUUCAGAGAAGGCUAGAUAUUCACACCGGUCCAACCGGCAAUCAUAUCUGGGAGCUGAUGACUUGGUGUCCAGUCGAAGUACUGGUAGUCACAGGAGUCCCUCCACUGAUGUCAGUGGGUCACACAGGAGCAGAACAAGUACUUCCAGGAGGAGAGAUCUUGUGAGUCAUGCUUAUGGGGAUUCUCAUGGUGGAAAGAAGUCUUCUAGCUCUCAUAAAGAACUUUUGAGUGGAUUUUACCAUGACCAGCGAAAUUACAGCAGCCUUAAGCAUAGCAAACCGCUUCCUACCUACCAUCCUCGGUCAUCUUCUCUAUACAGUGAUCGUUUGGCGACAACUAAGAGUAACAGGGUGUCUCCAGAUGUAAACACUGGUUUGAUAAGAAGUGCCAGUUUGGCAUCAUUAUGUGGUGACGGAUUGUAUAAAUCAUAUAGUUAUCGGACUCCUUCUGAAUACAGCUAUUACUCUUCAAGAGCAAGUUCAGCACGAAGUAGUCCAGUGUUUACAGAUGAUGAAUCAGGGAGCAUUGCAUCCUCUGAUCGUGCCGUUCGAGGCCGGAGGGAUAGUGUGUCAACUGACUUUUCUGAUCAUAGUGAAACUGCAGCUGAUUAUUUUAGCCGCUCUAAUCGUAGGGGAAGCAUUGUUUCUGACUUGGAUGAUGUCAGCAUUCCAGACAUGAACAGUCUGGAAGAGAAGAGUGACAAGCCAUAUUCUGAUUUAUAUAUAAGGCCAGCAUCUCGCAAUUCAGCAACUCCUUUGAGUGGAAAUUCAUCUAGAAGAGGAAGUGGAGAUAAUAGUAGUUUGGUGGAUCCUGAUACCUCGUUAAGUGAAUUGCGGGAUAUCUAUGAUCUUAAGGACCAGAUACAAGAUGUAGAGGGGAGAUACAUGCAGGGACUUAAAGAACUAAAGGAGUCACUUGUUGAAGUUGAAGAGAAAUACAAGAAAGCGAUGGUUUCUAAUGCUCAAUUGGAUAAUGAGAAAAACAAUUUGAUCUAUCAAGUGGAUACUCUAAAGGAUGUCAUUGAGGAAAGAGAAGAGCAAUUAGCAGAAUACUAUAGGGAAAAUGGAGAUAAGACUAAGGAAUUGGAAAGACAGAAACACAUGUGCACUGUACUGCAGCACAAGGUGGAUGAACUUAAAGAGGGUCUUCGCCAAAGAGAUGAACUAAUAGAGGAGAACCAACACAUGCAGCAGAAAAUAGAAUCUAUAACCAAAGAGGUGUUUGACCUCCAGGAGACUGUUAAUUGGAAAGAUAAAAAAAUUGGGGCCCUAGAGAGACAAAAAGAGUACUUUGACUGCAUUAGGAUUGAGCGAGAUGAGCUCAGAGAUGAGCUGGCUGACCUCAAGGAAACAAUGAAGACAGGAGAGAAACAUGGAUUAGUUAUAAUCCCAGAGGGCACUCCAAAUGGUGAUGUCAACCAUGAACCAGUCGUUGGUGCAAUAACAGUUGUAUCACAAGAGGCUGCUCAUGUCUUAGAAUCAGCAGGCGAAGGGCCACUAGAUGUUAGGCUACUAAAGCUAGCAGGGGAAAAGGAUGAGCUGUUGUCACAGAUUAAAAAAUUGAAAUUUCAGUUGGAAGAGGAACGACAGAAAUCCUCUAGAAAUGAUGGCACAAGUACUGAUUUAACAGGAUUGGAAAACGGUUCUGAUUUGCAGUUAAUUGAAAUGCAGAGAGAUGCCAACAGACAAAUAAGUGAAUUCAAAUUUAAACUUUCAAAAGCUGAACAAGAUAUAACUACUCUGGAACAAAAUGUUGUAAGACUUGAAGGGCAAGUGGUAAGAUAUAAAACUGCUGCAGAGAAUGCCGAAAAAGUAGAAGACGAACUCAAAGCAGAAAAGAGAAAACUUCAGCGAGAGUUAAGAACAGCAUUGGACAGGAUAGAAGAAAUGGAGAUGACCAAUAGCCAUUUAGUGAAACGGUUGGAAAAAAUGAAGGCAAACAGAACUGCACUUCUAUCUCAACAGUAGAAAAGAAACUUUAAAAAAAAAUGCACUGCUCCUUCAAAUAACUUGCCCCAGCUUGUUUUAAUACAGACUUUCUUUGGCACAAACUUUGAACACUGAACUGUUCAGUGAAUUUUAGUUCCAUAAUUAAGUGGCAAAUAUUUUGUAACUUGAGCAAAUGAAAAAAAAAAGGCUUGAACUUUUAUGCAAAUGAUGAGGUUUAGUAGCUUAAUUCUGAAGUCUGCUGGAACCCAAUGCUGUAUGAUUGACUUAGUGCUAUAAAACUAUUUUCACAAUUGUGAAAUCAAGUUUAUUCAUUGAACUGUUUUCAGCUGCUUUAAUAAUGCUUGGUGCUUGGAGACAACUGCAUGAAUUCAAGAGGAUGCUGCAUUAUAAAACUAACCAAUUACGUGGUCAAGACAUCACAUGGCACAAGUGCCUUCUAUAUAGUGCAAUGUAAACCUCAAUGAUUAGAUUAAAAUAACCUUUGGAAUUGGAUAGCAUUUAUUUUAAGAUACAGUUGGAGGUCUUGUUUGCUAAACUUUAUACAUUUUGAUGGGAAACACUUUUGUAAAAUAUUUAAAUUUAUAUAAAAUAGAAAUGACUGUAUAAAAUUUGCUUUAUUGCAUGGGUGAUGCACACCUGAGUUUUAGACUUCCAAAAGUACUGUCCUUAACUACUCUUAGUGUAAGAGUAGGACUACGUUUUGUUGUACAUUGUGAAACCUGGUAUGUCAGCUGCUUAAGUGUGGAGUGAAACGUGGGUGGGAGUCAUAUUGCAGAAAAAACUAUUAAACAGACACUUUACUUAGUA